AUGGCAGACAACAUUUCUGUGCGGCCAAUUCUCGACCACAUCGUCAUCCUGAUCUCCUACGAAACCUUGCAAGAGUUGCCAAAGCGCCUUGAAGGUGCUCUUACAGUCAUCGAUGGUGGCACCCAUGCUGAUGGACGGACACUCAACAAGCUCAUUCUAUUCUCCGAUGGCGUGUAUAUCGAACUCAUCGCAUUUCAACAAAACUUGGACCCGGAGAGGCGGAAGUCUCACCGAUGGGGAGAAUUGGAAGAGGGUACCGUCAUUGACUGGGCACACACUCUCCCCGACGAGAAGGAUUUUGUUGUGAUCCAGAAACGGGUUAAGGAUGCCACCUCCGGAGCCACUUAUAGGGACCCGGUUGCGGGCGGGCGUAUUCGCCCUGAUGGAGUUGAGCUGAAGUGGUCAGUUGCAUCAGCUGAAGACGUCUCUGGAAACCCUCUCCAUCCCGGAACUGCUCCUUUCUGGUGUCUGGACCGAACACCUCGACAUCUGAGGGUUCCAUACCAAGGCGAUCAAGGUGCUUCCUCUACGAAGCAUCCGUCAGGGGCGCUUGGAGUUUCACAAGUCUCUGUCACGGUCUCUGAGUCGGAGCUGGAUCUUAUCGCCGGCGUCUACGAUGGAAUUCAUGGGCCUGCUUCAGACACUGGCGCUGAUGGGAAAGCGUGGUCUUAUGUUGUGCACUCUGGUUCUACUCAAGGGAAGCAUCAACUAUCGCUGGGCAAGAGUCAAGAUCAGAAGCGGCAUAUUCAUAUCACACUUCUUGGAGAGAAGAACAGCCCUAGCACUAUUGAGGUUUUGCCUGGGUUGACUUUCGGGGUUGAGUCCUAG